UCUUAUCAAGACACAUACAAGCUUCCAGGAAAGACCAUGUAAAUUAAGAUAGCAUUUCUCUCAUCGUUUUCUUACUUGGUACUUCAUUUACAUAUAGUGACAUCUAUAAAUAUCCAUGGUGCCUAAACAGAUAUAUAAUUCAUAUCUUGGCUCUUCUGUCCUUAAUUGGUCUUUCUUUGAGCUUUAAUCCAAUGGCAAUUGUCAGAUCCCAAGAAACCUCCUCCUCCAAUUCUCAUUGUAGUUAUGAUGUGUUCUUGAGCUUUAGAGGUGAAGAUACUCGCAAGACAUUCACUGACCACCUCUACACAGCUUUAGUGCACGCUGGAUUUCGUACUUUCAGAGAUGACGAUGGGAUUGAAAGAGGGGAGAAUAUUAAGUUCGAAUUGAACAAAGCAAUUCAAGAGUCGAAGAUUUCAAUAGUUGUCUUCUCGAAGGACUAUGCAUCUUCAAGUUGGUGUCUCGAUGAACUUGUCAUGAUCCUCGAACGCAGGAGGACUGUUGGACAUGUAGUUCUACCUGUUUUCUAUCAUGUGGAUCCAUCUCAUGUGAGGAAGCAAAAGGAAAGUUUCAAAGAAGCAUUUACGAGGCAUGAAGAGAAAUUUCGCGCAGAAGCGAGUGAAAGAGAAGUUGAAUGGAUUGGCAAAGUGGAAGAAUGGAAGGCAGCACUUAGAGAAGCUGCAGAUUUGGCAGGGAUGGACUCACAAAAACAAACUGAUGGACUCGAGUCAAAGUUUAUCCAGAAAAUUGUGAAAGUUGUUGGAGACAAACUAAGUCGCACAACCUUGGGUAUUGCCCCCCACCUGAUUGGAAUAUAUUCUCGAGCCAAAACCAUUGGGCUUUGGUUACAAGAUGAGUCUAGUGAUGUUGGUAUAGUCGCAAUUUGUGGGAUAGGUGGAAUGGGGAAGACAACCAUCGCCAAAGUACUAUAUAAUUCGAACUUUUCAAGAUUUGAAGGUAGCAGUUUUCUUGCAAAUAUAAGAGAAGUUUUAAAACAACAAGAUGGUUUACUUCAAUUACAACGACAACUUCUUUCAGAUAUGUUAAAGGGAAGAAAGGAAAAUUUGUAUAGUGUUGAUGAAGGAGUUGUAAAGAUUAAAAAUGCAUUAUGUUGCAAAAAAGUUCUUGUAGUCCUUGAUGAUGUGGAUACAGUAGAUCAAUUGGAUGCAAUACUUGGAAUGAGAGACUGGCUUUCUCAAGGAAGUAAAAUCAUCAUAACCACUAGGCGUGAGCAAUUGCUCAAGGCUCAUGAAGUUUGUCAAGUGCACCAGGUUGAAAAAUUGGAUAAUGAUGAAUCUUUAGAGCUCUUUAGUUGGCAUGCCUUUGGGAAAAACCGUCCCAUUGAUGGUUUCAUAGAGGACUCGGAAAGGGUGGUGCAGUACUGUGGAGGGCUUCCACUAGCUAUCAAAAUUUUGGGGGCUUCUUUGUCCGGAAGAAGCUUAAAUGUCUGGAAAAGUCAACUACAAAAAUUGAAAGCAAUUCCCAAUUCUGAAGUCAUUGAAAGACUCAAAAUAAGCUAUGACUCUUUACAAGAUGACCAUGACAAAAAUUUAUUCCUCCAUGUUGCUUGUUUCUUUGUGGGGAUGGAUGAAGAUCAGGUAGUUACAAUUCUAGAUGGAUGUGAUUUUUACACAAUGGUUGGGAUUCAAAAUCUCAUUGAUAGAUGUCUGUUAACAAUUGAUGAACACAAAAAGUUGGUGAUGCAUCAAUUGGUUCAAGAAAUGGGAAGAGAAAUUGUUCGGCAAGAAUCACCUAAGGAGCCAGGAGAACGUAGUAGACUUUGGAAUUGCAAGGAUUCCUUGAAUGUUUUGAGAGAAAAUACUGGGACUAGAAAAAUUGAAUGCCUCAAGCUUGAUAUGAAUUUGUUAGAGGAAGAUAAAUAUGACAGGACAAUAUUUGGCGUUAAUAGAAAACGUCAUUACGAUGAAUUCCUCGACAUGCCAUUGUUGUCAAAUGUAGGCAACUCAUUUAAGAGAUGCUGUUUCGGUUUCUCAAAGAAUGCAGGCACUGCUCUAGGAAAUUCAAAUCAAAUACCUUUGGAAGUUGAGGCAUUUGCAAGGAUGCACAAACUAAAACUUUUACAGCUCAAAUAUAUACAAAUAAGUGGAAGUUUCGAAAAUUUUCCUAAAAGAUUACGAUGGUUAUGUUGGCAUGGAUUUCCUUUCAAAUAUAUACCCCACGAUUUCCCUUUGGAGAACCUAACUAUUCUUGACAUGAGUUAUAGUAGGUUGCAAAUAGCUUGGAAAGGAGCCAAGCUUCUCGAGUCAUUAAAAAUCCUUGAUCUUAGUCAUUCCCAUUGUCUCACUAAAACUCCUGACUUCUCGAAAGUCCCCAAUCUUGAGAGGUUGAUAUUGAAAAACUGUGCAACGUUGGUUGAGGUUCAUGAAUCUGUCGGACACCUUCAGAGACUUGUUUUGUUUAAUUUAAAAGAUUGCAAAAGUCUGAAGAAGCUUCCGAGAAGCAUUUGUAUGCUAAAGUUUUUGGAAACACUUGACAUCUCAGGUUGCUCAAAUCUUGAGGGAUUGCCAACAGAGUUGGGGACUAUGGAGUCUCUAACAGUGUUCCAUGCAAACGAAAUUGACAUAGGUCGAUUAUUCUCUACCGGUAAGGAGGAUAAAUCAUGGCAUUCAUUAAUCUGGCCUUCUCUAUUGAAGCCAAGAAGAAGUAUGGAAAUUUCAUGGUCUUUUUUACCACAGUCCGUGGUACACUUAAGUCUUGAGAAGUGUAAUUUAUCAGAUGAUGAUUUUCCUAGGGAUCUUAGCAACCUAUCCUCGUUGCAGAUUUUAAAUCUGAGUGGUAAUGCUAUUCGUAGCAUCCCAAACUGCAUCAGAGGUCAUUUUGGACUCCAAUUCCUUUAUUUAAAUGAGUGCAAAAAGCUCUGGUCAGUUGAAGUGCAGCACAAAUUAAAAGAAUUACGGAUCUAUGGAUGUACAUUGUUGGAGAAAGUAACCUUCCAAUCACUUCCAUUAACCAUAGAAUAUAAUAUUAGACGUGGCUGCAAACAAUUAACAAUGCGCUCGUUGCUACCAUUUAUGUGCGCGGGCCGCAAUGACAAAAUAGUUGAGAUUUUGGGAAUAUUCAAGCUUGAACCUUUAGGAAAUGUUGACAUGGAGAUAAUUAACAAUUUAAGCUUGUCCAACAUAGGAUUCAUGGGAUGCUCAAAUGUUAUGCUUUCAUGCUCUCUGCCAGAGAAAGCAAGGAAGUUUCCCCUGCAGGGAUGUCAUGAAAGACACAUAUUCUAUGCUUAUUGUUUGGGAAGCAAGGUUCCAGACUGGUUUAAUCUUAAAAAUGAAGGAUCUUCAAUAUCAUUUACUGUGCCGUCGCAUCUUAAUUUCAGAAUCCGAUGCUUGAGUGUAUGUUCUAUUUAUGCACUUCCCAAUAAUCGAAAAGAAUAUUAUGGCUUUAAUUGCGAAGCACAUACUAUUAUCAGUAAUACGACCAAGAGUUUGAUUUGGAGUCAUUCCCCAUAUGUCUUAGGCAUUCCAGAAGCUGAUGAGGAUAUGAUGAUGUUAAGUUAUUGGAAGUUUGAAAAUCAGUUGGAAAGUGACGAUGAACUGAAUAUUUCAGUGGUUGGAAAUGAAUAUUUUCAAGUAAAGGAGGUCGGAGUCCAUCUUGUGUACAAGGAGCAAGAAGAGAAGAGUAGCCAAUCAACUAGUGAAGAAGCAUCCCAACAAUUCUCUCUCUAUGGAAAUGUAGUUCCCGGAAAUGCAUCUGCUGUACGUCCGGCACACAAAAAAGUCUACCGUCUAGGCGAACAUUGGGACGAUUGUAGCAUUUGUAAUGGUCUAUAAUCUCAGCCUUCAUGCACUACUACCUCGGGAAUUGGUUGUUUCGGAGCUGUGAGAUUGGGUAAGCAACGAUGUUAAGGAUUUUGAUUAAGUGAUAUGAAUCGGUUGUAUAUUGCUAGUGGCUCGGCUUUGUGAUUUCUGUUAUGAAGGAAGAAGUUAUUUCAGUGAGAGAGAAUAUGUUGCUACUUUUCUUUGAUUUUGAUGAUGCUGCGUACUGCUGUUUAGGUGAAGCUGCUGCUACUGGGGUUAUAUUUUACUUUGGACUUGAUCAGAGUUAUAUUUUAUUUGGAAUUACUCAUAUGCUUUGCUAACUAACUCUUACAGUGCCUGACAAAAUCAAAUUCGAAGUCUAUUUUAAAAUAA